GAGUGAAGCUGGACUGAAAGGCCCUGCAGGUCCCCCAGGUCCAAAGGGUGAAGAAGGUUCUCCAGGGCUGGGCAGAGGAGCUCUAGGAUUCCCUGGACCAAAAGGCUCAUCAGGAGACAUGGGUCCCCCUGGUCCUAUUGGACUGCCUGGCUUGCCAGGAACGCCUGGAGCUUCUCUUCCUUCUGAUAUACCUGGGAGACCUGGGGAUGCUGGCCAUCCAGGAACGGAUGGGAGCUCAGGUCUUCCAGGUUCUCCAGGACCACGAGGGCCUCCUGGCCCAGCUUCUGAUCAAGGUGACACAGGCAACCCAGGUUUGCCAGGCGUACUUGGCUUGCGAGGCAUUAAGGGUGAUGUGGGACGCACUGGUCCAGUUGGACUCCCUGGAGCAUCUGGAUUCAAAGGUGUAAGAGGGGAGCCUGGCCUUAUGGGGAUGCCAGGUAAAGAUGGGCCUGCGGGAGAUCCUGGUCACCCUGGGCUGAAAGGUGAAAUGGGCCGUCGAGGUCUCCCUGGCCGACAAGGGGCUCCCGGUAUAACCCCACAGCCAGAAGAACUCACAGCCCCUGCAGGCUUACCAGGUCUGCCAGGAGUUGAUGGUGUCCCUGGCUUUGAUGGAGAUCCUGGAUUGCAGGGUGCAGCUGGAAAUCCAGGUCCAAAAGGUCUGCCAGGAAGAUCUGGUUUGAAAGGACGUGAUGGCUUUGCUGGAUCACCUGGCAUAGUUGGGGAUCCAGGACCGUCAGGUGCCCCAGGACCACAAGGAUUUGAAGGUGUUGCUGGAAAGCCAGGCUCACAUGGUUUGCCAGGAAUGCCUGGUCGCAGCGUGGGCGUUGGAUACACUUCAGUGAAGCAUAGCCAGUCAGAGCAAAUCCCGCCCUGUCCCAUAGGAAUGAAUAAGCUCUGGGAUGGCUACAGCUUAUUGUACGUGGAGGGGCAGGAAAAGUCACACAACCAGGAUCUUGGUUUUGCUGGCUCGUGUUUGCCUCGCUUCAGCACCAUGCCUUUUAUUUACUACAACAUCAACGAAGUGUGCUACUACGCCAGCCGAAAUGACAAGUCCUCUUGGCUCUCCACCACUGCUCCUAUCCCCAUGAUGCCAGUGGACAGCACUCAGAUCCCGCAGUACAUCAGUCGUUGCUCAGUAUGUGAAGCACCUUCCCAGGCUGUGGCUGUGCACAGCCAGGACAUCACCAUCCCCCAGUGUCCCCUUGGCUGGCGUAGCCUAUGGAUAGGAUGCUCUUUCCUUAUGGUAAGGAUACUUCAGCUAAUGCAAAGGCAGCCUUAAACAUUUCUAGAUCUCCUUUUUGAUUAGGUGAUCGAGACUGUGUUCUAGGAGUUGCUUACAGGACACUAGAGCCCUGUAGCUUCUCGCCCUAGCACAUUUAUUCUGUAUCAGUUGGCCUGCUGUACGCUUUUGGAGUUUGUUCCCAGUUAGCUGGCCUCACCUGCCCUGCCCAAGUUCCGUAGUGAUGUUGAUGCAGUAGUUCUGUAUUGCCACAGAUAUUCUACAUUCUUCAAACCUUUACGUGUGGAAAUGCUAAUUAAGCUACAGCAUUGUCUUAAUCCCCUCUCUCGGUGGAAAAAGUAGAACGUUUUCCAUUGCACUCUGCUAGAUACUCAUUGGUGUAAGACUGUUAGAAAAGGAUGAAUUUAGCAUUAUUGUUUCCAAAUUUUCCCAGCUUGUGACUGAA